AUGAAAGACUUGGGAAAAAUAUUUUAUGGGAAUAUUGUUGCUUAUGAUGCUGCCAUCAUUCCAGCAGUUAAACAGGAGGAGUUGCAAAAUGUUAUAUGGAGGUCAAUCAGAAAGCUUCAGAAUCUUUGGCUGGUCCAGAAGAGUAUCCUAAUUUGUUUGAGGACUGGCAAGUCGCACUUGCAGUUGAAUCAAAAGUUGCAGAGACAAGGUAUUGCCAUUCAAGGUUGCAGAGACAAGAUUGACGAAGCUAUUGCCAUUCAGGCCAACAAUGAUAUAGAGCCAAGUGCUGUAGAAGACCAUCAAGCAAAACCUAUGUGUUCUAUGAGCUUUGAUGCCAUUGUAUUUGGUUUACAUUUAAUUAGAGUCCAGCUUCUGAAAGUCCUGGAAACACGCAAAACUGUGCUGCAGAAGGAACAAGGCAUAGCUUUUGCAUGUGUUGUAGCUGCUAGGGGUAAAGUUCCUAGAUCCUCUUGUAGGACUAGUUGUCUCAGGCAUGAUCCUUAA